AUGGGGUGGGACCAAGACGCCCUCAGGGCCCAAUUCUGCCAUGCGCUUUCGGAAAUGUACAAGAGCGAGGUCCCCCUCUAUGGUGAUCUCGUAGAUCUCGUCUGGAAGGCAGAUGCCGAAGCCAUCAACACCAGUCAGAAACAAGGAACCGCAGCGAUUGACCCGGACGAGAUCUUGCCGUUGCGAAACCGGGUCGAAAGACAUGGGGCCAUCCGGCUGGGUACCGCAUACGAACUCUCCACGAUUCGUCGUAUGUUUGCAAUCAUGGGCAUGUUUCCUGUGGGAUACUACGACCUGAGUGCUGCCGGAUUUCCGAUGCAUGCUACUGCUUUUCGUCCCUGGACAAAGGAAGCGUUAUCCAAACACCCGUUUCGAGUGUUCACGACGGUUCUACGUAUGGAGUUGUUGACGGAGAAGACCCGAGAGCUGGCGCAAAGAGCUCUACAGCAAAGGAAUAUCUUUACGGAUCGUUUAGUCGCUCUCAUUGAGCUGGCUGAAAAGCAAGGUCAGCUUAGUCCGACGGAGUGCAGAGAGUUUAUCGUGGAAGGACUAGAGACGUUCCGGUGGCAUUCCAAGGCCACUGUGACAAUGGAGGAAUAUCAGACUCUAAAAGCUGAGCAUCCACUGAUUGCGGAUGUUGUUUCCUUUCCCAGUUGUCAUAUUAACCAUCUCACGCCUCGGACGAUCGAUAUUGAUCUAGUGCAGAAACUGAUGCAGGACUAUGGCAUGCCGGCAAAGGAACGCAUUGAAGGUCCCCCGCGACGACAGUGUCCGAUCUUGCUCCGUCAGACAAGCUUCAAAGCAUUGGAGGAGACUGUUUACUUCCGAGAUACCCAUGAUGCUUAUGUGCAAGGAUCACAUACAGCUCGGUUUGGAGAGGUUGAGCAGCGCGGAUACGCUUUGACACGAAAAGGCCGCCAGCUUUACGACACAAUAUUGUCGCGGGUCAAUACCGAGUCUGCUGAGAGACGUGUCAGUGCUUCUGAAUAUGAAAGCCUCCUGGUAAAAUAUUUCAAGGGGUUCCCGGACGACAUGGCUCAGUUGCAGUCUCAGCAGCUGGCGUAUUUUUGUUACCAUUUAACGCCACACGGUCAAGAACCCGCGCAACUCGAUCUGCAAGGGGGGAAUGUGACCUUGGAACAGCUACUCAAGAAUAAUAUUAUCGAGUAUGAGCCCGUCACGUAUGAGGACUUUCUACCCUUGUCCGCCGGAGGUAUCUUCAAUUCGAAUUUAGGAAGCACGUCCCAGUCAAAACAGCUUGUCAUGGAAGCUGAAGCGGAUUUGGAUGGAUUCCAACGUAUGCUGGGGACGUCUAUAAUGGAUGAGUUCCAUCUCUAUGCACAAAUACAGCAGAGCAGCUUGGAAAACUGCCGGAAGCAAUUGGGAUUGGAUGUGAUUCUAGAGUAA